GUCAAUAUCCAACAGAAUACCCUCGACGUCGACAUCAACAACAAUAACGACGACAACUAACUGAUCAAAUAAAUAGUUAGGUAGAAUAGGGCCACGAUAUCACGUUGAAAAUUAGGCGAUCCCGAUAAUACACGAAUUAAUAACCCACUUCGUUUCGUUCCAUAAUUAUACCCAACUACCACCAACAAUGUCUACACGACCAACUCGUCGUGCUGCCGCGGCGCGACGCGCAGCUAUCGUUGAGUCGGACGAUUCGGAUGAUGCCGUCGCGAAUACCACCAAAAGAAUAAAGGAAGAAGAAAGCGAAGAGGAAUUCGCUCCCGAGGCUUCUACUUCAAAAUCUUCGCGCCGCCAAACCCAGAGUAGGAGGAAGUCUACGAUGCCUCUAACACCGCGCACGCCUCGAGUCAGGAAGAGCGUCGCGCCGGAGCAAUCUAUCGAACAGAGUGAGGCAAGCGAAGUCCUUGAUCCCGACGAAACUGCUGCAACCGUCAUCGGUCCGGAACCAACUACUGUGAAGAAAACCUCACCUAGAAAGCGGAAAAGUGUUGCGCCUCGCAAAGUCAGCAAGGAGACCACGCCCGAUAGUCAACCUCAUAUGCCAACUCCAGCCCAGUCCGAAGAACCAUCCGAACUUCAUGGUACGCCCUUGGCUGAUAUCACCAGCCAGAGUAUCAACGAACAGGAGCACCCUGGUGAUGAGACUGUUACUCAAGUUAAGCCUAUUCGGCCAAUGGAUACCGUCCUAGAGAAGCCUAUGGAUAUUGUCCUAAAGUCGCGCAAGAUGGCGGUACCGGUAGUCGAAGAUACGGGACCUAAGCCUCGUAUCGUUAUUACAUACCUAAUUCUGAACAACUUCAAGAGUUAUGCCGGGCGACAGGAAGUUGGCCCGUUCCAUUCCUCAUUCUCUUCUGUUGUUGGGCCGAACGGUUCUGGUAAAUCGAACGUCAUCGACUCGCUUCUUUUCGUUUUUGGAUUCAGAGCUAGCAAGAUGCGACAAGGCAAGAUCUCUGCAUUAAUCCACAACUCCGCCGCCCACCCAGAUCUAGAUCACUGUGAGGUGGCAGUCCACUUUCAGGAGGUUAUGGACUUGCCGGGUGGUGGAACGGAAAUCAUCCCUAAUUCCCAAAUUGUCAUUUCGAGAAAAGCGUUUAAGAAUAACUCAAGCAAAUAUUACAUCAAUGGCAACGAGUCCAACUUCACUAUUGUGACUACUCUUCUCCGCGACCGUGGAAUCGAUCUCGAUCACAAGCGUUUUCUUAUUCUACAAGGUGAAGUUGAGUCCAUUGCUCAAAUGAAAGCCAAAGCCGCCAACGAACAUGAAGACGGCUUACUAGAGUACCUCGAAGAUAUCAUCGGCACGUCCAAGUAUAAGACGCCUAUUGAAGAGGCAGCAACUGAGGUCGAGACCCUCAAUGAAGUCUGCAUGGAAAAGAGCGGACGUGUCCAGCACGUCGAAAAGGAGAAGAACAGUCUUGAAGAUAAGAAAAACAAAGCUUUGGCCUAUAUCCGCGACGAGAACGACCUUACCCUAAAGCAGUCAGCCUUAUACCAACUCUACAUUAGCGAAUGCAACAAUAAUGUGAACGUUACUGAAGAAGCGAUCAGCCAGAUGCAAGCUCAGCUUGAUGAAGAGCUUGAGAAACAUCAGGGUAGCGAACAGGUGAUUAAGCAGCUACAGAAGGCAUAUGCUAAGGGUUCAAAGGAAUUUGAGUCUCAGGAGAAGAACGUUCAAACUCUCGUCAAGGAGGCCGCCAAGUUUGAACAAGAAAGGGUCAAAUUUGAUGAGAAGAGAAAAUUCUUAAACGACAAACAGAAGAAGCUCGAAAAGACGAUCGCCAAUGCCGAAAAGUCUACAACCGAGGCUGAGGAGACAAUCGAGCAAUGUACCGAGGAGAUUGCCUCACGCGCCGAGGAGAUCGCAACCCUUGAACAAAGCGUGCAAGAAGAAGAGGCCGAACUUGCAACAAUUCGAGAUAGUCUGAAAGGCAAGACUCAGGUAUUCUCGGAUCAGAUAGCUGCUAAGCAGAAGUCUUUGGAGCCCUGGAAUGAAAAGAUCAACCAGAAGCAGUCCGCCAUUGCUGUGGCGGAGUCCGAAUUGGCUAUCCUCGAAGAGAAGGCUAAUGCUGGCGCUGUUGCGCUCGAAGAGGUACAGACCAAGAUCGCUAAAAUCGAAGAAGGUCGCGUCGCCAAACUUGCUGAGUUAGAAGAGUGCCAAGCAGAAAAGGCGAAGUUAGAAAAAGAGGCAAAGAAGGUUGCCGCCGAUCUAGAAAGCAUGGCAGAGAUGGAACCUAAUGUUCGUUCCAGGGUAUCGAAUGCCAGGCAGAAGGCGGAGGAAGCGAGAUCUAGCCUUUCACAGAAUCAAAAUCGAGGCAACGUUUUAACGGCCUUAAUGCGAAUGAAGGAGUCUGGACGAAUUGAUGGUUUCCAUGGACGUCUAGGAAACCUUGGCACCAUCGAUGAGAAAUAUGAUGUUGCUAUUUCUACUGCCUGUCCUGCCCUGGACAGCUUUGUUACCGAUGCUGUAGCCGCUGGUCAGCAAUGCAUGGAGUAUCUACGAAAGACCAACCUCGGACGUGGCAACUUUAUAUGUUUGGGCAAGUUGCGCGUGCGCGAGAUGCAGCCUAUACAGACGCCCGAGAAUGCUCCGCGUCUGUUUGACCUAAUCAAAGCCAAGGAAGACAAAUUCCGACCCGCAUUCUAUCAUUCAUUACAGAAUACUCUGGUCGCCAAAGACUUAGCCCAGGCCAAACGGAUCGCUUAUGGUAUCAAGAGAUGGCGAGUGGUCACGCUCGAUGGUGAACUCAUCGAUACGAGUGGUACCAUGUCUGGAGGUGGAAAAACUGUCAAAAGAGGUCUGAUGUCUAGCAAGCUUGAGGGCGAUACGACUAAGGAGCAAGUCGCCAAGCUAGAGAGUGACCGUGACUCUAUUGAGCAGAAAUUCCAAGAGUUCCAAGGCCAUCAGCGAGAGUUAGAGUCUCGUCUAAGGUAUUUGAAAGAUCAAAUACCCCAAUUGGAUACCAAGAUGCAGAAAAUCGGUCUUGAAGUGCAAAGCGCCGAUAAGAACUUGGCGGAUGCCCAGCGACGCGUGAAGGAGCUAAGCAAAGAACAUCAACCAUCCCAGUCUGACGACAACAGAGUAGCAGCCCUACAGAAGGAAAUCUCUAAGCUAAACAAAGAGAUCGCAAAACUCCAUGCCGAGACCGAAGGUGUGGAAGCGGAGAUUAAGGAGCUACAGGAUAAGAUUAUGGAAGUUGGUGGUGAGAAGCUUCGCGCCCAACGUGCGAAGGUGGAUUCCAUCAAGGAAGAAAUAGCUUCACAUAACGAAGAGACUUCUAACGCCGAAGUAAAGAAGGCCAAGGCUGAAAAGUCCAAAACGAAGCUCGAAAAGGACCAUGCAAAGGCCACAAGAGAGCUAGAAGCUGCAGCGCGCGAUCUCGAGGCAUUAGAAGAGGAAGUUGAAAACCAAGGUAGCAAGUCCGAAUCCUUAAAUGCUCGUGUCGAGGAAGCCGAGGCGGAACUAGGAAAUAAGAAAAAGGAAUUAUAUACACUAAAAGCUGAGCUGGACGAGAAGGCCUCGGAACUCAACGAGACCCGAGCUGUCGAAAUCGAAAUGCGAAAUAAGCUCGAGGAGAACCAAAAGGUGCUCGUUGAAAACCAGAAGCGUCUACGUUACUGGGACGAGAAGUUAGGCAAGCUUGUCAUUCAAAAUGUCAGCGAUCUCAGCGGACCGCCGGCUAAGAAAUCCACUUCGGAGGAGGGUCAAGAAGAAACAGCCGAAGGUCAAAAGGAAGACGAAAAGGAGCAAGAACAAGAGCAAGAGGAACAGCCCGAGGAACUUCCGCGAUUCACUGAAGAUGAAUUGAAGGAUAUGGACAAGGACACCCUGAAGGCUGAGAUUGCUGCUCUUGAAGAGAAGACGCAAAACGUCAAUGUAGAUGUCAGUGUUUUGUCGGAAUACCGCCGCCGAGUCGAAGAGCAUGCGGCUCGAUCAUCUGAUCUUGCUAGUGCCGUUCAACAGCGCGAUGCUGCGAAGAAGCGAUGCGACGAUCUGCGCCGACUCAGAUUAGAAGGCUUCAUGGAGGGCUUCAGCACCAUUUCUCUUCGAUUGAAGGAGAUGUACCAAAUGAUUACAAUGGGUGGUAACGCUGAGUUGGAACUUGUUGACAGUCUUGACCCCUUCAGCGAAGGAAUCCUAUUUUCUGUCAUGCCACCGAAGAAGAGUUGGAAGAACAUUAGCAACCUCAGUGGUGGUGAAAAGACGCUAUCUAGUCUUGCGCUGGUGUUUGCCUUGCAUCACUAUAAACCGACGCCGUUGUACGUCAUGGACGAGAUUGAUGCCGCUUUGGAUUUCAGGAAUGUAUCAAUCGUCGCCAAUUACAUCAAAGAGCGUACCAAGAACGCGCAAUUCGUCGUCAUCUCCCUGCGCAACAAUAUGUUCGAACUCGCAGCUCGGUUAGUGGGUGUGUACAAAGUCAAUCAUAUGACCAAGAGCGUUACGAUUGAGAAUCGUGAUUUUAUUACUCGGGGUGCCAUGGCGAGGCAACAGCAACAACAUGGGGGUUUGACUGUAAAUUCGUGAUGAUAGGAAGGAAUGAGGAUGGUGAUGGAUGAAAAUGAUGAAUAACGGUGCUUAGGUUUCCGUAUGAUGAAUGAUGGGCGCUUGAGGCGUAAGAUGGAAUUGAUACAGGAGGCGUGUAAUGAUAUGAAUAUCUGAGUCUUGGUUCGAGGAGGGCAUAUUUGAAUAAGUUUAGUCCCAAUCAAUUGUUUUUUAUCUA